AUGAUUGUGAGUGCCCAUUUUACCGUUUUUUCUUAUAAAUUUUCGAAUUUGCGAAUAUUUAGUGCGUCGACUGUGGCGGUGUCGCCUACAACAACACAGAGCUAUGCGAGAAUUGCAUGGACAUCAACCGAACAGGCACAAUGUCCCUCAAAAUGGCUCGGGAGGUAGAAACCCGCAAGAUUUUUUCCAGUUUUACACCAGUUUUUGCAGUGCGACAUGUCGAUGAGUUGCGCAGCGUGUCGUCGCAUGAUUACCGACGAUUCUCGACGAUGUUCCAUGUGUCGAAAGUGAGAUUUUCAAAUUUUUCACGUUAAACGCGACUUUUAAGACACUACCACCGCUCGUGCGACUCUUCCGACGCCUCGGCGCUCGACGGCUUCAUCUGCGCCUCGUGCCGUCGUCACAACCCGAUGCUGGCCGACGAUCUCGGAGACGUGCUGCUCUCCGAGUCGGCGACGCCACGUGGCAACGCGCCGCUCUCGCCGUUCAGCGAUCCACAAUCCCAGAUUGCGCUGCAGAUGCCGUCCGGGCCGAUGACGUCGAGCUAUCCGAUGAACGACUUCGGCGUCGACAUGUACUCGCAGAUGAUGGCCUCCUCUUCCUCGUCCUCCUCCGGUGUGCAGCAGAUGUUGAACACGCAGGCGCAGUUGAUGGACGAAAUCAGCGAUGGCGGCGCGACGAACGACAGCGACCGCAACAGCAGUCCGUUCUAUCAGGAGACGUCCGAUUAUGACGAGGAUUUUGUGCCCAACGUUAGGUGAGUCGAUUUUUAAGUGAACAUUUCAAAAUUCUAUGGGAAAUCUUGCAGUACACGUGGCCGUGGACGUGGCGGUGGUAAAAAGAAGCCGGGACGAGGGCAGACGACGUCGGCACGUCGGCAAACAAAUCCGCCGCCGUCCGGAUACUUUUCGGCGACAAACUUUCAAUCGGCGAUGUCCGGUGAAGUUCCGAAUCCGUUCGGAAUGGGCAGACUGCCCUCGCUGGCGGCGACGGUGCGCGGAAAACGUGGAAAGCGUGGCGCGACGACGUCGGCGCGCGGAACAUCGUCUACCGGAAAGGGACCGGGACGUGGAAGAGGACGUGGACGCGGAAGUGCCGCGCAGGCAGCCGCAGUGCUUCAACAGGUGCAGUUCGCCAGCGGAAUGGGCGGUCUGAUGAUGUUCAACAGUGGCGGGCAGCCGAUGCACCACGUGGGCAACGGCGGGCUCCCAAUGGGCGUCCCCUCACCUUCUGUCGCUCUUCCACCCAGUGUCCUCCUUCCUGCUGCUGCUUCUUCUUCUUCUUCGUCUGCCGCUGCUCCCCAACAUCUUCCACCUGCUCUUCUACCUGCCCAAGCCCUUCCCCCUUCAGCUGCCGCUGCUGCUCCAAUCCCUAUUGAGCCGCAAUUUGCGACGAGCUCCUCAGAAGUGCCCAAUUUCCAGCAGAUACAAAUUCCGACGGCGAUUCGAGAAGUCGACGAACAAAUGCUCGAAGACGAGGCGUCGCGGCAGUCGGGCGGCUCCAAAUCCGAAGAGGCCGAGUACAUUCGCACGGCGGUCGUCUGUCGAGUCAACGAUGAAUUUUUGCAAAAAGUGAGCAUACAAAAUGCCGUGUGCGUUGACAAAAAUUAAUGGAUUCUUGCAGGCGUGUAUGUGUCUGGUGUGUGGAUCGAUCGGAAAAGGAGCCGAGGCGUCGAUGGUAGCGUGCUCCAACUGCGCUCAGACUUAUCACACGUAUUGUGUCAAUUUACAUGAUAAGGUUGGUUUACUAUGAUUUUCAAAUUCGCAUAGAUGUAUUUCCAGCUCAACUCGGCGGUCCUGACACGUGGCUGGCGAUGCCUCGACUGUACAGUUUGUGAAGGAUGCGGCACUGGCGGCGACGAGUCGAACCUACUUCUUUGCGACGAAUGCGACGUCUCCUACCACAUCUAUCACAUGAAACCGCCGCUCGACCGUAUUCCGCCCGGCUCGUGGCGCUGCCAAUGGUGCUCCCGAUGCCGCCGGUGCAACCACAAAACGACGUCGGGCAACGAUCUGACCACCGAGGGACUGUGCUUCCCGUGCAGUUCGCUCAAAAAGUGUCCAAAGUGUGCGAAGGGAUAUCAGCUGAACGAGAAGAUCAUUCGGUGCACGCACUGCAGCAAAUGGAGGCACGGCGCCUGCGAGGGAUUGUUCACGGACGAGCAGCUCGAACAGGCUGUGAACAGCCGGAUGCGCUGCUCCGAUUGCCGUCCAAACCGCCAGAACAACACGGGAAGCGUCGACUCGGAUCCGUUCAUAUUUUGCGAUUCGGUCGCUCUGAAUAAAAACGCCGACGAGGUGCUCAAGUCAAAAUACGCGCCCGCGAUACUCAAGAGUCAAAUGCUGGAGAUCCACGGAUACCGGGAAUCCUUCGACCAUUACGACGACGGCGAUUCGAACGUACCGGAAGACUCGCAGGAUCCUUCCGCACCGCAGCCGUCCAUAGUUCAACGCGGAAGAGGACGCGGAAACCCGGGCGGAAGACGUGGAAUGAACCGAAUCGGAGUCGGCGGCUUCUACGCAAAACUUCCACGUCAUCGGAUUCAAGCUCUGGAAGAAGCGCUCGCUUUAGCCGGAGAAGACGAUGAUACGAAGAAGAAGCGGCCGAGGAAGCCGAGGAGAUCGUAUUUGGAAGACGCGUAUCCGCCGGCCAUCCAGGAGGCGUUCUUCGGAAUGAAAGGAGUGGAUGGGAAGGCGCUGGUGGACGUGAAAGUGGACGAACCGGUUCUGUUUGAGUACGAAUUCCAGCGGAAGAAAGUGGAGCCGCAGUUGUCGGCGACGGCGGCGGAAAUGCUGAGGAACGACAUCAGCGAGAACGCGUUCUUGGACAAUAUUGACGUUGGAAACAUUGAGAUCGACGACGACUUUGACUUUUCGCUCCUGUUCGACGACGACGACGAAGAAUUGGAAGACAGUCUGCAGGGAGACACGAACCAGGACGGCGGCGAAAACCGGAAUCUGGGACCGACCAGUGAGUUUCAGCUCUCUCCAGAGAUAUCGUUGAAUUUCCUGAAAUUUUCAGCAUUCGGCGGCCUUGAUCAACAGCCGUCGACCUCCACAGCGGUCCCGCACGGCGGCUUCCAAAUGCCCGGAAUGCACCCGCCGAACAUUGCCCAGCAGGCACCGGGAGUACGUGCCGCGCAGACGAUUUCGAGGAGCGGAAGCCAAAGCACGGACGCGUCGGAGCGAUAUCAGUUUGCGGAGCGAUGGGAAGAAGACGAGCCGCUGGGACUGCAGGCGACCACGGCGGCAGUGCUCUACGCGAACGAACGACACGGCUAUCUGAAGGAACAGUUCCCCGAGUGGACGGAUCGCGUGAAGCAGAUACAGAAGAUGUGGAGGAACCUGAAUCAGAACGAACGGCAGCAGUACGUGAAUCGGGCGCGCGAGAAUCGAACGCUACGCGGCAAGAUUCCACGGCCACGAAGGCAGAACGUGCACUCGACCAACUCGGUCGACAGCCCGACGGUCCAAUCGCCUGCUCCGCAUCGAAUAGGAUUCCGAGUGCCCGCCAAUCCGGGAGAGAACUCCGGCCUUGGAGGCAUCGGAGCGCCCGGGGAGGAUCCGAAUCUGCCGCCGCAGCCGAAGCAAGUGCGUAUCACCUGCCACCUCAAUCCGGAUCAAUAUCAGCAGUGGCAAGAGUUGCUUCGCAUCAAAAGCGACCUCGAACGGCUGGUUCUGUCGUGUGAGACCGAUUUGGCGCGGUCCCGGAAGCAGAAGAAGAACCUCGCGGCGAAGAAACGAUCGAUGAUCAAAACGGCGCAAGCGGCACCGGACUACGACGGCCGACCGCUCGAUCUGAACGAGCACGACCAGCAGCAGCUUGUGAUGCUCACAGAUCACAUCAAGUCGAAGCAAGGCGACGUGGAGAAGUCGAAGAGGGAUCUGAAGACCCACGAAGCACUGUUGAACGAUUUCGAGAAGAGCUGUGGAGUGCUCCGCAACGAAACGGACGUCUCAAUGCAAAUGAUCGAGCAGUCGAACUUGAGAAAUGCACAAUACGCGCAGUCGGAAGCGGCUCGCAUCCAACAGGUUCAAGCGCAGGGUCUCCAGGGACCGCCGGGCAUUGGAGGACCGCCCCCGCAUCAUCCGAUGCAGAUGGGAAUGCCGCAUCCACAACAUCCACAACAUCCACAACACGCACAACAGCAACAACAAGCGCAGGCACAGGCUCAAGCUCAAGCUCAGCAGCAGCAGAGAAUGAUGCAGUUCGGAGUGCAAAUGAUGCGACCGGGACCGCCCGGAGUACCAGGACAGCCGUACAUUGUGAGACCGCCGCCCAACAUGACGCCGCAGCAGCACGCCGAGUGGCAUCGCAGAAUCAUUGUGAGUUUUUGCUUCCUUUUCCCCCAAUUCAUCUAUUCCCAAUGCAGAUUGAGACUCAGAUGGCUCAACGACGUGCGAACCGAGCUCCAGUCAUGGGCGGCAUCCGCUACGAGUCGAUCACCGAUCCAGUGCUCCGCGACUGCUACGAAUUCCUCGACGAAGUCAUCCACGACAUCUCGGUGCAUCUUUCGCAGCAACAACACCAGCAGCAGCUUCCACCUCCGACGCCUCACAUGCUCAAACGGCCGCUCCAACUGCCGGGAGUGGUCGGAGGACAAGCGCCGCCGCUUCACAUGAUGAUGCCGCACAUGCAACCGGGACCACCGCCGCCCGGCGUCCCCGGAGGACCUCUUCCGCCACAGCAGCUUGCACCACCGCCCGGGGCACAGCCGCCACCUCAAAUGGCUCUGGCUCAGCAGCCGGGUCUCAGUUCACAGGACGAUGGGCCGAAACCGAAGAAGAAGCGGACGAUCCAGAAGAAGACGGCGUCUUCCUACUCGGCCGGCGGAGAAUACGAUUCGUAUCUGGAGAAAAUGCGGACGAGAUUCCGGUUGUGUCCGGAAAUUCCAAAGCAUCAGAGAGAACCGAAACUCACGCACGGAGGAUCGGAAUUUGUGAAUCACGGAAUGACGGACAUGGUCGUGAAGCCGGGAAAAAUGCCGCUCAUCGGAAAGUUCGGACGCGCGUCUGUGAAGCGAGGAACGCGGAUGUUUUUGAACGAAGACGCCACCAGCAAGCAGUUGGUGUUCUCCGAGCCGAGUCUCUACCAAAUGGAUCCGCAGAUACGCCUCGUCGCCCUCUACAACAGCUCGGGAACGCAGACGGAGAACGACGAGAUCUUCCAGGACGAGAUGGAUCGACGCUGCGGACACAUUCUCAAUCCGAACGCCACUAUCCACAACCUGAUGAGACUCCGGCGGCCUAUCAUUGAUCACGUGAGAAGUCGUGCCAAGUACAUGGAGGAGGCGAAGGCGCCGUUGCGUCCGGCGUUGGAGAUGUGGGAAGUGGAGCCGAAAAAGGAGGAAGACGUGCCUGUGGAAAUGGUAUUCAACACUGAAAACUUGACCCCGGAGAGCACUGUCGACGAGAAGAAGGAGCUGAUUGCCAAGUUCCACGAGCAAUUCAAAGAACUGCUGGGAAUCAAGCAGGAGAUUGAAUGGAAGAUGGAGGACACGCCCCCAGACUCGCCGGCUCCCUCCUCUCCGGAACCCGAAGACAUCAAGAACAUCAGCCGGCGAGUGUCCUCCCGUGCUCCGUCCGCUUCGGUGGAGAAGGAGAUCAAACGGGAGAUCGAGGACGAGACGAUGGCGGAGAACGAAGGAGCGGGCGGCGGGCAGUACAAGUGCAGACAGUGUCAGAAACUCGGAGAUGGAGCCGCGCCCGUUCGGCUCAAGGCGGACAAGCUGGGGAUUCUGGCGGCGGAAGCGACGUCGGAGGAGAAGGAGGAAACGGUGACGUUCUGCAGCCGAAAGUGCUAUUACGAACUGAUGGCAACGAGCAAAGUGGCGCUGACCCCCGAGGAACUAGCAGUGGCCGAGCAGAACGUGGACGAGGAGACGCUCAACCGACUCAAACAGAUCCAUCUGGACAGCAUUGUCAAGGCGGUGACGCUCGGAAAACCGAAAGCCCCGUGCGCCCCGUCAGUCUCCUCUGCCUCUCUGCUCUCGAGUGGCGAAGGAAUGAUCUCUCCGCGGGAUACCAGGUUCAUGAUGGACGAGGGACGCAAGGAACACCUCGCCUUCGUGUCCGUCUUGUCGUUGAUCGGAGCGGUGGAGCCGCCGAAAGAAGCUCCGACCGGACAGAGGUCCUCGCAGGACGACUGGAAGCCCUACGAAAAGACCAUCUACGAUUCGUUCGCCGCCAUUCAAUACCAGCAGCAGCAGUACGUGCUCGCGCCGAAAAUCGGAGUUGCACAACCGCCGCACGAUCUCGACAAACGGCUCUGCGUCUUUUGCGGAGGCGUUGGCGACGGAGAGACGUCCAAGUGCGGCCGUCUGAUUACACUCACCGAGUACUACUGGGUGCACGUGAACUGUGCGCUCUGGAGUCCCGAAGUGUACGAACGGCCGAGCGGCGCGCUGACGAACGUCGACAAGGCAGUGUUGAGAGCUGCUCAAUCGGCGUGCGAACUGUGCAAACUGCCGGGAGCCAGUGUGAAGUGCCAUAAAGUGAACUGCGGAGUCAACUAUCAUCUGUUGUGCGCGAUGCAAACCAACGGACACUUUAUACACGAUCGGGUAGGAUUCUGAGUUCGCAGUCAAGUAAUAAUCAAAUUCUCUUUUCAGACGUUCUUCUGCAAAAUGCACAGCGCCUCUCAGGACCGGAUCGUCGUUCGCCUCGACGCUCUCCGUCGGAUCUUCGUGGAACGCGACGAGAACCAGAUGCUGAUGCGUCUCUUCGACCUCACCGACGGCGACCGCCUCUGCCUUCGUCUCGGCGCAUUCACCUUCCACAAACUUGGAUCGAUUGUGCCGAAGCAGCUGAAAACGUUCCACAACAAAGACUUCAUCUUCCCGAACCAGUACAAGGCCACUCGACUCUUCUGGUCGCCCAAGAACCCGCGCGAGCGGAUGCUCUUCGAGUGCACCAUCGAGGAUCGCAACAAUCAGCCGCUGUUCAUUGUGAAGAGUCUAGAGGAUCCGUCGAUUUGCGUCAAGGCUCCUUCGGCCACCGGCGCCUGGCUUCCGAUCUAUAAGAGCAUCAACCAGCUCCGCGAGCAGCACGGUGAGGUGCUCAAGUUCUUCGGCUCGCAGAUCGUCGGAGAAACCCUUUUCGGACUGAAUGAGAUGGCGAUUUGCAAGAUCACAGAGUCUCUGCCCGGAUUUGACACCGUCUACACGUACACCAUGCGCCAUCAGAACAGUCCGGUUCUCGAGUUGCCGUUGGCCGAGAAUCCGUCCGGAUGCGCGAGAUCCGAGCCCAGAAACCGAACGAUCGGACAGCAUUUCCGGACGAGACCGCAGCCGAUGGGCGGCACCAGCCAUCACCAUCACGGAAUGAGCAUCGCAAAAGAGAGCGGCUCCGCGAGCUCCUCCUCCCACGACCUGCAGACGCGCCAAGCGGCCACUUCUCUGACUUCUGCGAAUAGCGGCCGCACGCGCGGAGUCCGUUCUUACUACACAGAAGAGGCGGCGGCCCGAGCCCGCGCCUUUGGAAUUUCGCCCGAUCUCGCCAUGAACGUCCGCUUCGAACCAAUCCAGAACACGCAGGCCGCCUUCUCGGCCUACCAGAAAAUGCGCAGAGAGUGGAAGGAUCGAGUCUAUCUGGCGCGUUCUCGAAUCGCCGGACUAGGAUUGUAUGCGAAGAUUGACAUUGGAAUGGGCGAAUAUAUCAUCGAGUACAAGGUAUUUUUCCUUUUUUUAGAUUCAUUCCCCAAUCAUAUCUGUUUGCAGGGCGAAAUAAUACGUUCGGAGGUGUGUGAAGUGCGCGAAAUCCGCUACACGGCUCAGAAUCGCGGCGUGUACAUGUUCCGCAUCGACGAGGAGUGGGUGAUAGACGCGACAAUGGCCGGCGGACCGGCUCGAUACGUGAACCACUCGUGCGAUCCGAAUUGCUCCACGCAAAUCAUGGACGCCGGAUCGGGGCCGCGCGAGAAAAAGAUAAUCAUCACGGCGAAUCGACCGAUCAGCGCUGGAGAAGAGGUAAUUUGAGAAAAAUUGACGAAUCGAGAGUGGAUUUGCCAUUUUCUGACCGUUUUUGAAUAGAAAGUUUUACUUUUUGCGGAAAUUUCUCUUACGCUCGAAAAUGACUUCUAGAAACCAAAGGGAUUCUCUCAGAAAUGAACAAUAUCGGAGAUGAAGUCCCUCAAGUCAGUUUCUGCCCAAUUUCGUCCGCAACCGUUUUAUUUUUUGUUUUCCACGGGGUGUUCGUGGAAAAGCGGACUGGAAAACCAAUUUAGUGAAAAGCGCAAAUAUUCCGAAUGGCAUUUUUAUAGUCUGUGUCGUCCGAAAAACAUUUGAAAUGUGGGCUUAAUCGAAUUUGGUCCUUCUUGCAGCUCACCUACGACUAUCAAUUCGAACUCGAAGACUCGACCGACAAAAUACCGUGCCUUUGCGGAGCGCCGAACUGUGUGAAAUGGAUGAAUUGA